AUGAUUAUUCGCAAGAAAAAUGGAAAGUCUACUAAAGAAAACACCAAGAAACGGAUGCAGAACCUCGAGUUAGAUAAGAAACGCCAGUUUAACGCCACACAACACAGGACUGUAAAACAGAAAAGGCGUCGUAUCGAGCUAAAGGAACAGCGGAUUCGCAAUGACACGUCUGCUGAAGUGCACGAGGGGAAAACAUAUGAAACCGCAAUCGAUUCAGCAGACGACAUCACACCGGACGACAUAGUUGAAAUCCCACCGCCACUUCUUCCCCCAAGUAUAAGGCCGUCUGUGUCUGCCCCGCAACCGGAUACUCUCAUAGUUUUCGACAUUGAGACCACGGGAUUAGCACACGACAGUGACAAAAUUCAGCUGUCGGCUAUGCAUUUGGAUUCCGGCGACACGUUUUCGGCAUACAUGAGACCCGCCGGUGGCCGUAUUCCAAACACCAUUACAUCGCUUACGGGAAUCGAGAUACAUGGAGAGGAAAUGUUUUAUAACAUGACACCGGUUGGGUCUACGGACGUGUUUACUGGCCUGUCUACGUUUUCUGAGUGGUUGAAGAAAUUUAAAAACCCCGUCCUGAUAGCCCUCAAUGCAGGUUUUGACACUAGAGUAUUAAUAAAUAGCUUCCUGCGUUGUAGUGUAAGCCAUUCGCAUAUUCAUGGUUUUGCGGAUAGUUUAAAGCUGUGCAGAGCAAUCUUUCCAGGACAAUCAUGCUACAAAUUAUCUGCUAUCGUGCAAAACGUAUUGAAAAUUGACUUCAAUGCUCACAAAGCGGAAGCUGAUGUUGCCGCCCUCGGAGCCCUGCGUCAAACAGUUGACGCCUCCCUGCGUCAAACAGUUGACGCCUUACCACAGAAGCUGCAGAUUUUAGCAGGCUUAAAAAUGAAAAGAACAUCCUGCGGACAUAUGAUAUUUAUAUCAUUGCAAAGGUAUUAA